UUUGAUGAAUUAUUAUCAAAAUCACAUCCCUAAUUAUAUCCUUCCAUCAUAGGAUGAGUAUUGGAUACAUCAUAAAAGCCAUAUUAUUUUUGUUUUAAAAGAAACUCGUGAAUAGAAGGAUCAAGAAAGAAAGUUAAUUCAUUAAUUUCAAUGUUAUUGUAAAAUAUUAUUGCGCUAGAACAAAAACCAACAGGAUAAAGAAAAUAACUAAUUAAUGCUAUUUUAACUAGUGGAGAUUUAAUAGAGUUUAAUAGAUUUUACACUAAGGAUAAUAUAUGAAUACAAAACAUUUGAAAGAUCAUAGGGAGGGGUCAGUAUAAAAAGAGAAGAAUAGGUUAAGGCACUUGAUAAAAGGAAUAGUUGAAUAUUAUUCGAGACAAAUUAGGGAAAGAAAUGUGCUGCCAAUAUGGCAGAUUAUAUGAGAUAUAUAGCAAACAAAAUAAGAUAAAAAGAGAUGGUAAAUUUCAAGAGAAAAGAAAGAAAAAAUAAAUAAG